GCUUAUUCAUUUAUUUUAAAUUUAUCAUCUUAUUUUAUUUGUUUAAUUUUUAAGAAUUUGAAUGAAUUAUAUUAUUUAUAUAUUAUUGACUCAAUUGGCUAAUUCCAAAUUAACAACAACAACAGGCUUGGCUAGAGAUUUUUGAAAGAGUUUCUUGACAAAGAUUCUUUGCUUUGUUCUGACUAGCUUCUGCUUCACUAUUCAUUAUUUAUUCUAUUAUUCAAUCUCCUUUUAUAUUUACUAGUUUUAAGGAGGUCCUAUUCCUAUGCAAUAAAUAAUUAAAUAAAGUUAAAACAUCAAUUAAUAAUUUAUUUAUAUAUUAUAAAUUAACACUUCUUUUCAUACAUAUGGUUAUUUAUUUUGAAGUUUGAUGUUUUAUUUAAAUUAAUAACAAAGAAAAAUCUAUCAUUAAUAAUGGAAGGUAACGGUCCAUGCAUCUCUCAGAAAUUAGCGAACAACAUCACAAUGGAGAAAGUUAAGCAGUUUGUACAGGCAUGUAUACAGGGCAUGUCUGAUUUGAAUGUUGGGAAAUCAAUCCUAGAACCACAAAAAGUGGAGUCCCCAGAUUAUCUUAGAUUUUUUCAAUUUUCACCAAAAACAUGGCUGUUGGACGCAAAAUGCGAGAUGAUAUCCUCUGUCGAGAGGCAGAUCAGUGACCAGAUGGACACCUGUCUGCACAGGAUUGACAAGCUGGCCGCUGACGAUUGCGACGGCAAAAACGCCAUCGACAGUCACGAAGAUAUAACCUCUGGAAUAAAAUUGCUAAAAUACGAAAUUAGCGCGCUAAAAAUUGAGAAAGUUGAUAAACAACAAACUUUUGGCAAUUCAAAAAUUGACAAACUUCAAACUUGCUGGUCCGAAGUAACCAAGAGUCCUACUGAGAGCACGGAGCUGCCAUUCACCUUGGUAAAACACGGCAAAAAACAACGGUCAAUGAACAGUAAUUUAGAAGUAAAAAACACUGUUGACGACGUCGCCCUCAGCCAAGCAAACAUCAAACUGAUAAAGAUCUCACAAAAAAAAUCCGUUUUUUGCAUCAGUAACGUACAACGAUGUCGCAGAAGUGAUGUUAUGGAUUAUCUAAGCGCAAAUGGGAUUAACGUGAUCACAUGCUAUCCAGUUACAAAGAAAACUGAGGAAAAAAUCUCAGCAAAAACCAACAGUAACAACAGCAGUGAUGAACAGAAUGAACUCAAAAACAGAAAUGAAGAAGAAUCAACCGUUUUUAGAGUUUGCAUCGACAGAGAAGAUGUAAAAAAGAUAAAAGACCCCGAAAUAAUGCCUCAGCACGUCAUCGUGCGAGAGUGGCGAUUUGACAAAAAAACUGAACAGACGGUACAACAAAAAAUUAAUGAUGGAUAA